AUGGCGUCCACCACCGCGACGGCGUGCGUCCAACCCCGCGCCGCGAGCGUCGCGCGGACGCGACGACGACGACGACCCCGACCGGCGACGCGACGACGCGUCACCGCGGACGCGAACGCGUCGGAGACGUCCUCCGCCUCCUCCUCCUCCUCCGCCUCCGCCUUCCCGGUGUUUCGGAAGAUGGAGGGACGCUGGGAAGACGCCGUGCGGUACGUCCACGCGACGAUGGAGACGACGCCGAAGAUCAGGCUCACGGGGACGCGAGAGAUACGCGUCGCCGACGACGGCACCGUCUCGCUCCGAUCGAAGACGACGUUCCCGGGCGGUAAGGUCCUGGAGCUCGCCUUCGCGGGUGAGCGCGUCGACGAGGCGUUCGGGUUGAAGAACGUGGUGAAGUUCGUCCGGACGCCGCUCGAGCGCGAGGCCGAGCCGGUCGAGGGAUACUACCCCAUCGUGUUGUUGGCGUCGGAACACCCGGCGGAGGAAGACCACGGCUCGUUCGACGUCGUCGUCGUCCGCGAGGUUCUCGCGGAGACUGGGCGGACGCUGCUGUCCGAGUGCAUCACGUUGAUAGAUAAGGAGGGUGGGGGGACGGAGGCGUCGCACGUCGCGCAGGAGGUGAACGAGGACGGGUCGUUAGGGGGCGUGCAAUUGUGGCGAAGCGUGCUGAGAGCGCCGGAGGUAGAAACGUUAUCCCCCGCGCGACCGCGCACGGUCAGCUCCGCCGCGGACGCGAUGGAGGAGGAGGACGCAGCCGCGAGGCGCGCGCGUUUGAAAGCGAUGCGAGCGGACGCGGACGCGGCGGCGGCGUCGACGUCGGGCGCGGGCGAUCCCUCGAUCGCGGCGCGGAAAUCGUCGCUGCCCGGCCCGUCGCUCGACGACGUCCCGUGGGGCGGGGGACCGACGACGACGCACCCUCCGCGGCAGCUGAAAUCCGCGCCGGGGCCGCCGUACCCGCCGCCGCCGGCGGCGGCGGCGGCGUUCGGCGGGUUCGCGAACGCGCGGCCGCCGCCGCCGCCGCCGCCGCCGACGACGACGGGAGGGGCGCAUUUCGCGGGGUGGGGAGGAGGGGGGAGAGGGGGCGGACGGAGAGGCGCCAAAGCGCCGCGGCUCGACGACGGCGGUCGCGGCGGUCGCGGAGGCGACGGUGACGCGCACGCGUACUAUAAGAAGAGCAUGGUCGAGGACCCGUGGCGGCAUCUCGAGGGUCGCGUCGCGGCCGCGCCGCCGCCGCCGCCGCCGCCGCAGCAGCAGCGGCAGAGACGGCACCCGGCGCCGCCGCCGCCGCCGCCGCCGCCGGCGCGGCUCAUCGCGGGGAACAAGCAUCGUCUGUUCGAAUCGUUAGACUUAGAAGAUUAA